GGCGUGUCCAUGACGUAACAGACGGGGGGGUCAGCUGACCGUGGAGUCAAGAUGGCGUCUGUGGCUGAGAUGUACGAUGUGACUUGGGAGGAUAUGCGCGACAAGCUGAGGAAAUGGCGAGAUGAGAACUACCGCAACAGUGAACAGAUAGUGGAAGUUGGAGAAGAGCUAAUAAGUGACUAUGCAUCAAAACUUGGAGAUGACAUUUGGAUAAUUUACGAACAAGUGAUGAUUGCUGCCCUUGACUGCAGCCGUGAUGACUUGGCAGUGCUGUGUCUGCACGAACUACGUAAACAAUUUCCAGGCAGCCACCGAGUGAAGCGAUUGACUGGGAUGCGAUUUGAAUCCCUCGAAAGGUAUGAAGAUGCCAACAGGAUGUAUGAUGCAAUUUUGCAGGAAGAUGCAACAAACACAGCAGCACGGAAGCGCAAGAUUGCCAUUCUUAAAGCCCUCGGGAAAACCACUGAAGCCAUCAGAGAACUGAAUGAGUAUCUGGAACAGUUUGUUGGAGACCAAGAGGCUUGGCACGAACUAGCAGAGCUUUACAUCAACGAGCAUGAUUAUGGAAAAGCAGCAUUUUGCUUAGAGGAACUUAUGAUGACUAACCCUCAUAAUCAUUUGUACUGUCAACACUAUGCAGAGGUGAAAUAUACCCAAGGUGGACUGGAAAACCUGGAAAUCUCUCGGAAGUAUUUUUCUCAGUCCCUGAAACUAAACAACAGAAACAUGCGUUCUUUGUUUGGGCUUUACAUGUCUGCAAGUCAUAUUGCGUCUAACCCUAAAGCUAAUGCUAAAAUGAAAAAGGACAACAUAAAGUAUGCAUCUUGGGCAGCUACACAGAUCAACAAAGCUUAUCAGCUUGCAGGUCGCAGCAGAAAGGAGACCAAGUACUCGCUAAAGGUUGUGGAAGAUAUGCUGGAAGCGUUGCAGAUCACACAGUCGUGAAGCCAUUGUGUUUGUGUGGAUCUGUCGCAUUCGACCCUGCAACUUCGCGCUCUCUUGGGAUCUGGCUUCAGCACACCUCCUCUGUCCUCUUCAAUGCUGGCACAGCUGCAAACUUUAUUUUGUGAACUUAAUACAGAGAUUGACUACCAAUGUGACUGCUACUUCACAUCAGGGGCAAUUAACCAAUGUUUAAUUAGAGACCGGUUGAUAGCUUGUAAUGUUGGAGUUAUUAAAUAUUUAUAAUUCUAUGGAAAAGCAUAUUCACCAAUAAAGUAAGUGUUUUACCAA